UCACCUGAGGAUGAUCCCGGAAUGUAUUUCAUGUAUUGUAUUGAAUGUAGCAUAGUUAUCUUAUACUUUUUCAUUAUCCUGUGAUGUUUCUUUAACCCAUCUUUUACUAUAUAGAUAUGUAAUAUAGAUAUGUAACAUCUGAGUAUUUUAUUAUUGUGUAUAUAAAGUAUAGAUUUUUAUUUUAUAGACAUUUAUUCAAGGUUAUUGACAUUAAUAGCAUUACUGAUUAGAUUAUUUAGUGCAUCCUAUUGCUCUAGAAGCUAUUCAGUACAAGAAGUUAUUCUUUACUGCUCUGAAAAAGCUCACAUUGCCAAAAUAGAUGACUAUUUUGAUCAAUGCUAUGCUGCAAAUUCAUCUGCAUUUUAUCAAGUUAUUACACUUAUGUUCCAUUACACAGUACCAGCAUAGCUUCAUUCAAGUUUCAAUGCUUAGCUUGUUUUAAGUUUUCAAACAGUGCCCAAAACAAUUUUGGAACAGUCACGGGGAUUUCUUGUAUUUACACAAACAGCAACUGCAGGUUUUGUUUUCCUGAUUCAAUGAAGAGUAACAGAUAGGGCCCAGCAAGGGUGCACGCAUGCACUCAGAAGCUUUCAGCGCCCUCUAUAAGCACCUCAUCUGUAUGCCGUCUAAUAGAGUAAACACAUAAAUAUGAUAAUAAACAUAGGCUUUGACGUGGCUUUAUUUCAGCAAAGUCUUGUCAAAGACCUAUUUUAUGUGACUGUAGUUCAGGCUUCCCCUGUCACUGUACAAUGAGGACAAUCUGUUGUUCCUCCAGAGCCUCCCGCAGUGGAGCCAUAUUUCGAAGUUUAGAAAGCUUUUGCUUUCGUUUUCCGCGUCACACAGCUGAUCCCAAAAGAAUUUAAAACCCCUCCACCCGUACUGUGUGGUGGCAGUGGACACGGAGAAGCUGCAGGAACACACAGCUGACUGAAGGAAAGUGAAGGAUGGCAGAUUUUGGACUGUAUGCAUACCAGGAGGAAGUGGUUGAAAGGGCUCUUCGAGGAGAGAACAUAAUUAUCUGGCUGCCGACAGGAGGUGGAAAAACGCGUGCUGCUGUGUAUGUGGCCAAAAAACAUCUGGAGACCACAAAAAAUGCUAAGGUGGUGGUCCUGGUAAACAAGGUUCACCUUGUAGACCAACAUUACACCAAAGAGUUCCAGCCUAAUCUCGGCCAUGACUACACCCUGGUGGCAGUCAGCGGAGAAACUGAGCAGAAGGACUUCUUCGGGAAAGUGGUGCAGGACUCAGAUGUGGUCAUCUGCACAGCACAGAUCUUGUAUAAUGCUCUGAUUAACGUGGAGGAAUCCAAACAUGUUGAGCUCUCAGAUAUUACUCUACUGAUAAUCGAUGAGUGUCACCACACCAACAAGGAGUCGGUCUACAACAAGGUAAUGGGAUGCUAUGUGGAGAAGAAGUUGAAAGGAGAACGACCAUUGCCACAGAUCCUGGGUCUCACUGCAUCACCGGGGACAGGGGGUGCAAAGAUCCUGGAAAAGGCUGUGGAGCAUGUGCUGCAGAUUUGUGCCAACCUCGACUCAGCCAUAGUUGCAACCAAAAACUAUGUUCCCGAGCUGAAGCAGAAAGUACCCAGACCCACCAAGACGUUUGACAUUGUGGACAAAAGGCCUGAGGAUCCAUUCGGGGAUCAUCUGAAGUGGAUGAUGCAGCUGAUCCAUGAAUACAUGAACAUACCUUCAGACUUCAGACUGAGAGAGUGUGGCACGCAGGAGUAUGAGGCAGAUGUGGUGGUUCUAGAGCAGCGAGGAGUUAAAGAGGACAACAGACUGCUGGCACAAUGUGCACUACACCUCAGAGAGUACAACGACGCCCUGCUCAUCAAUGACACCUUGCGAAUGAUGGAUGCUUAUUGCUCCUUGGAGGAGUUCUACAGCACCAAGUCCAACACAGCAAUUGAUGGAACAGAUAUCUUCCUGUUGGGAAUUUUCGAAGAAAAUCAGGUGGAGCUAAGGAAACUGGCAGGGGAUUCUCGCUAUGAGAACCCAAAGAUGUUAAAGCUUGAGAGCACUCUCCUAAAUCAGUUUGGUCCAGGUGUGAAGUCAAGGGGGAUCCUCUUCUGUAAAACCCGUAAAAGCACCCACUGCCUAGAGGACUGGGUCCGCACCAAUAGAGCCUUACAGGAAGCUGGCAUCAAGGCAGCCAUCCUGACUGGGGCUGGCAAUGGCAUCAGUUACAUGACACAGAAUGAGCAGAAAGACACAAUCCGCAAUUUCCGCCGGGGUACUCUCAACCUCCUGAUCUCCACCAGUGUGGCUGAAGAAGGCCUUGACAUCCCUGAAUGCAACCUGGUGGUACGCUAUGGGCUGCUUACAAAUGAGAUUGCACAGCAGCAGGCCAGCGGACGUGCCCGGGCAAGGAACAGCCAGUAUUCAGUGGUUGCCCAGAAAGGGGGGCGGGAAGUGCGCCGGGAGCUCAUCAACGAAUAUCUGGAAGAGCUGACUGGAGAAGCAAUCGCUAAGGUCCAAGAUAUGAGGCCUGAAGCAUUUUACAAAAAGAUAACUCAACUACAAACAGAAGCAGUCAUUUGCAGAAAAAUUGCAGAAAGCCUCAAAAUAGAGAAGAGAAGUCGCCACACUUCCGCAAGCAUCCAGCUCUUGUGUCGAAACUGUUUAAGGCCUGUGGCCUCCGGCAGUGACAUUAAACUUGUUGACAAUGUGCACUUUGUCAAUGUCAAUCCUGACUUCAAGAGACAUUACAAAGUCGGUGGGCAGGUGGUUCUCGACAGGACUUUUGAGGACUGGGAGCCUGGACGUAGAGUCAGCUGCAACUACAGCAACUGCAACAAGGAGUGGGGAUUUGAGAUGAAGUACAAAAAGGUUGCCCUGCUGCCAAAUCUAGCCAUUAAGAGCUUCGCCCUGGAGACCCCUGAUGGCAGGACAACUGUGAAGAAGUGGAAGGAUGUCACUUUCACUGUGGAGCAGUUCAGCUUUGAAGAAUACUGCCAAGACAACUUCCCUGACAUGUUUGAUUGAGACACCACCAACAGAAACUGUGUUGGGCUUUUCCCCUUCUUUACAUGUCAGUUUUUAGCUGUUUUUUUUUUCAUCAAAGAGUUCAUUUAACAAAACCAUCAUCAGAACAUUUGCUUUUUAAAAAUUCUCUCUACACUUGCUCACAUUGAUUUGUGCUGCUGGACCAGCGAAGCAGUAGUGUGCUAAAAUCCAUUACGCAUCGAUCAUGCUUGAAAUCAGCAUGACAGCUUUGUUUAUGCCCAAGGUCCUAACUCUAUUUGCAUGUUGUGCAUAUUGCCUCUGUGUUAUCUUAAGUCAUGCACAGUAAUGCAGUAGUUUCUGUAGUGUGCAGAGAUUCUGUAUGUUCUAAUCAUCUUUAUUUAUAUACAUUUUAUUUCAUUGUUCAAAUGUUUUGAAGGUGGUUAGUUUCAACAUUUUUUACACUUAAAUUUCCACUUUUAUUUGUUUGUAUUGGUUUUGUUUCUCUGUACUAAAGAUGAAAUC